GCAGUGUUUUGACAUUAACAGCAGCGGUGGCAACAAAACGGAGCGGUUUGCGGCCGAAGUGAAUGAAGGGCGUCCAAAACAUGCCACAUACUGGCUUGUUUGAUGUGAUCGGCUCAAAGACGACUUUAAAGGCUGCUGUGUCUGUCAACGCUUGAACCCGCAGUAGGAGGAGGAGACAUGGGCAACACUGCGACCAAGUUCCGUAAGGCGCUCAUCAACGGAGAUGAGGUCCUGGCCUGCCAGCUCUACGAGAGCAACCUGCAGUUCAAGGAGUCGCUGGAUCCCAACUCUACAUAUGGAGAGUCCUACCAGCACAACACUCCGCUGCACUACGCUGCCCGGCAUGCCAUGAUGCGCCUACUCAGGUCUUUUCUUCUAAUCAAAGACGGCAAUCCCAACAAGCGUAAUGUUCACGAUGAGACGUCUCUGCACCUUCUCUGCAUGGGGCCUCAGAUCAUGACCUCUGAGGGGGCACUGCAGCCACGGAUCUCGCGGCCAUACGAAGACGAACAGCGUCGAGCGGAUUGCCUGCAGAUUAUCUUAACGUGGAAAGGAGCGAAGCUGGACCAUGGAGAGUACGAGACUGCCGAUGUCAACGCCGUUGACAAAAAGAAAAACACUUGCCUACACUACGCGGCUGCCUCAGGCAUGAAGACUUGUGUUGAGGUGAGGAUUCGUUGCUCUGGAGAAAUGCUCCAGCCAAAUAAGACCCAGAACGAGACCAUGUAUGAGCAAGCUCAUUCUUCCCAGGUGGAGCGCAUUAGUAAUUUGGAGGAGAUGCUCCAACAAGUCCUCACUCAACAGAUCACCUCCCAGAAAAACAUGCAGAAGCUCGGAGCUUCCUCCUCUUCUUCAACAUCGAGUCCUCCUAGAACGAAACCUGUCCCCAUCACCUCGUCGCAACAGGUAAUGGUCAAACCCUCUGAAUACUUCUCAGGAGACCCUGAUCAUUUCGGGGAAUUCCUCCUCCGGUGUAAACUGGUAUUCAAGAGAGCUCCCCAACUCUACGCUACAAGUUUCACCAAAAUCACCUACUUCGUCAGUCAACUCAAGGGCGAUGCUCUCAAGUGA